UACCACUACCAGUGUACGACUGUACCACUUCCUGAAGAAAAUCCCCAAAUUCCCACACAAACCCUAAGGUACUCAAUCAACAAUUCGACAAGCUCUCGCUAUCUCUUAUUCAAUUUGCAUCGUGUAAUCGCCGGCCACCGAAAUCUCUCCGCCGCGUCGUUGGGUAGCAACCGCCACCGCCCAUCAAUAUUCUUUCUUCAGAAGCUCCUUUUCAAUUACCAUCACUUCUCCCUAUCUUAAGUCUUAUUCUGCUAGUAUCAUCUGCGCUGCUCGCCUGUCCCGUUGACAUUCCUACAAGUAGUAGUGGCAGCAAAGCACUGCAAACCCAUGACUACUAUGAAACAAAACAAAUAUGAAGAGAGCUCAUUAUUGAUGGGGUUAUCUGAAGAUCUUUUCCUUGAAAUCCUACUUCGACUACCCCUAAAAUCAUUAGGAAGGUUCAAAUCAGUUUGUAAAUCAUGGCUUUCCGUAAUAUCAAACCCAGAAUUUGCCAGAUUACAUCUCCAAUCUUCGAACCUUGCCACUAGUAAUCCACGCUCAAUGCUUACUUUACAAAAGCAUAAUAUGGUAUCUUUGUUCAAGUUUAAAAGUUCUACCGAUAUCACCAAGGGCGUGGACUUAAUCCCAUUGAACCAACAAUUUGUUGAUGUUUUUCUUGGUGGUUCCUGUUUUAUUGUUGGGUCGUGUGACGGCAUUGUGUGUCUUUACAUUAAGAGCCAGGAGAAAUGUGGUGAAGAUUUGUUGCAUCUCUGGAACCCUACUACCAACGAAAACAAACAAAUUUCAUUACCUGGAGAUCAGGGUUUAACUUAUGUUCAUGUCGACUCAAGCUGGUUCGGUUAUAUUCCCUCUCUAAAAGACUACAUGAUCUUCUUGGUGAAUACAAAUAUUCGGGGUAAGCCGGCCUUUGUAAAGCGCAUGUAUAUAUACUCAUUUCGGAAUCCCAAAUGGAGAGAAUUACAUGUUACUCAUGAAGAUUUGUCUUUUGCGUUGGGGUCUAACUCGAUAUUCAUGAAUGAAGCUUUGCAUUGCCUUGUUGGUCGCAAAUUCAUACAUAAAUUUGAUUUGGUUGCAGAAACCUUCGAAAGAGUACCCUUCUCAAUUAAGCUUGAUCUACUUCCAAAACCCCAUCAGAUAAUGCUUGAUGUUAUUGGAGAAAAAAACGGUUUAUGUGCUAGGUUCAUGCAUCGCUCUGAGAUAGGGGAAUGGAUGUUUGAGUUAUGGAUGCUCGAGGAAUAUAACAAGUGGAAUUCUUGGAAAAAGUUGUACAGAAUUGACUUGAAGAAGGAGAUCGCCAGAAAUAUCACCAGACUUUUAGGGUUCACAUACAAUGGCAAUCUUUUCAUUCGAGAAAAAAAUGCACUUACGGUCAUUGACCCAAGUCAAAAUCCCCAUUUACCUAUCAUUGUUUGCAGAGCAACGGUUUUCACGGUGACCGAUUAUGUGGAGAGUCUUAUUUCUCCUUUUUAUUUUGCUUAAUGUAAUUCCAAGGUUCAACAUAAUAGGUUAUUAGGGCUAAUCACAAUAUAUAUAGUAUUGACUACUACUUUUAUGUACAUUGUGAUCAAUAUUACUUUUACGGGAUCUUUAAUUUCUUCAAGCUGUAAAAUUUUGCAGAGGUUGAAAUGUUGAAUAUGCUCUGGUAUAUUAUGGAAUAUCAAAGCCAAAUUGUGCUGCAAAAGCUUAUCUUUUA